AGUACAUCUUUCAAUCGCUGUGCUAGAAUCAUGACCGAACUCUCGGAUCUAGAGCUCAUUCACCCCCUGAAGCUCUUCGACAUUGCAAAAAAUGAGAAGAGGUUUCUGUACGCCUCAGCGCCUAUGGUGCGCUACAGCAAGCUUGCCUUCCGCCAGACAGUGUAUGCUUAUGGCACGGAUCUGUGCUGGACGCCCAUGAUCCUGGCCAAGGAAUUCAACAGAAACCGCUUUGCAAGAGACAGCGAUUUCACAAUAUCGACCAAUGGGCCCCAACCUCCAACAAUAGUCCAAUUCGGCGCCAAUGUCCCACAAGAACUCGCGAGGGCUUCCUCACUCGUGGCUCCUUUCAGCAACGGCGUGGACUUGAACUGCGGCUGUCCACAGUCAUGGGCAUGUGCCGAAACCCUGGGCGCCGCCCUGAUGGAGAAGCGGGAACUGGUGCGGGACAUGGUCGUCGAGACCCGAGAGCAGCUUCGUCGGGAUGGAUGGGCCGUUGACAAGGAGAAAGACAUCAACAACCCCAAGGGAAGGAGUGUGAGCGUCAAGAUUCGCGUCCACAAGGAUCUCCGGAAAACAAUCGACUUCAUCGCCACCGUUCUCGGUCCCGAACGAGACCGCCACAUCGACUGGCUAACUAUUCACCCCCGCACGCGCUCCACGCCCUCCAGCACGCCAAUCAACCUUGAAGCCCUCGAAAUCCUCACCUCGACCUUCGGCACCCGCGUCCCAAUCCUCCUAUCCGGCGACGUCUUCGCUCUCAAUGCCCUACCCUUCACCUCCCCCUUACUUACCACAAGACCAACCAUCACGACCACCACCACCCCCCCCCGCGAUAUCACCUCCUGCUCCUCGGAACACCCACGCCACAACCAACCGCCAACUUCACUUCCAAACCUCCCUCAUGUCUCCGGCCUAAUGUCGGCCCGCGCAAUCCUGUGCAACCCGGCCCUCUACGCAGGCCACUCGACGUGCCCCUGGUCGGCGGUCGAGGCCUUCCUCAACAACGCGGUCCGCUGCCCGCUACCCUUCAAGCUGGUCCUGCACCACCUCAGCGAAAUGUGCGGGCCGGGGAUGGGCGCGGACAAGAGCGCGCUCCUGACCAAGCCCGAGAGGGCGGCCAUGAUGGCGUGCGGGAACAUGCUGGAUCUGAUCGAUUUCUUGGAUGGGAGAAGGGGGGUAAGGAGGGGCAUUUUUACGCUAUGAUAGAUCAGGCUGAUGGCUGCUUUAUGAAUAUGGCACAAGCUGGGGAGUUCUGUAUGUGGAGGAAGGGAUAGCAUUACACCAGGAUGGGGUAUGGAAUAAAUAUGGAUGGAAGUGCGUCUCCGCAACCUUGAUCCGUCUGGCGAGAUGGAAAUAGAAGUGGUGGGACUUGAAACCAUUAUCCAGGGUUGAAAUCUCGUCCCGGCGCUAGCAUGGCAACAGCACGGCUGUGUACCUGGAGUCGCUGGUGAUGCCAUCAAAAUCAGACGCCUUGGCGCAUAAACCCUACCAGGACACAUUACCAGAGAAAAAUACAACACGAGACUGGCAGCUGGCGGGCUUUCCUGAGAUGAAAAGGCGAAGAAAGGUGGUAUGAAAGGUGGUAGUGUAUGAGUACAAAUGCGAGCGCUCGCUAAAUGGAGGCCCAUUAUAGAGUAACCGCGAGACGGGCAUGAAGACAAGCGGCCAGG